AGUUUGUGACGGGAAGUGCACGCGGGGGCCACGGAGAGGAGCUGAGGCGGCUGCUCGUCGUGGGAUCGGGCGCUGCCCCGGGGCACCGGCAUCAUGUCGCGGGGCUCUAUUGAGAUCCCCCUCCGGGACACGGACGAGGUCAUUGAGCUUGACUUCGAUCAGUUACCGGAGGGGGAUGAAGUUAUAAGUAUCCUGAAACAAGAACAUACCCAGCUGCACAUAUGGAUUGCCUUAGCGCUGGAAUACUACAAACAAGGCAAAACAGAAGACUUUGUGAAACUAUUGGAAGCUGCACGUAUAGAUGGUAAUUUGGAUUAUAGAGACCAUGAAAAAGAUCAGAUGACAUGCUUGGAUACCCUAGCAGCAUAUUAUGUACAGCAAGCUCGGAAAGAAAAGAAUAAAGAUAAUAAGAAGGAGCUCAUUACACAAGCGACCUUGCUAUAUACAAUGGCUGACAAAAUAAUCAUGUAUGAUCAGAACCACCUGUUGGGAAGAGCUUGCUUUUGUCUGCUAGAGGGUGAUAAAAUGGACCAAGCUGAUGCACAGUUUCACUUUGUGCUCAACCAAUCUCCAAAUAAUAUUCCAGCUCUUCUUGGUAAAGCAUGCAUUUCAUUCAACAAGAAAGAUUAUAGAGGAGCCCUUGCCUACUAUAAGAAAGCACUGCGAACGAAUCCUGGUUGCCCAGCUGAGGUUCGGUUAGGUAUGGGCCACUGCUUUGUGAAAUUGAAUAAGCUGGAAAAAGCUCGUCUGGCAUUCAGCAGGGCUCUAGAGCUCAACUCAAAAUGUGUAGGGGCUUUGGUUGGGCUGGCUGUUUUGGAACUCAAUAACAAAGAGGCUGAUUCCAUCAAAAAUGGUGUCCAGCUCCUCUCUAGAGCUUACACAAUUGAUCCCAGUAACCCAAUGGUGUUGAACCACUUAGCUAAUCACUUCUUCUUCAAAAAGGAUUACGGAAAGGUACAACACUUGGCUCUUCAUGCUUUCCAUAAUACAGAAGUUGAAGCUAUGCAGGCAGAGAGUUGCUACCAGCUGGCUAGAUCUUUUCAUGUACAGGAAGAUUAUGACCAGGCUUUCCAAUAUUACUACCAAGCCACACAAUUUGCCUCCUCUUCUUUUGUAUUACCAUUUUUUGGUUUGGGUCAAAUGUACAUUUAUCGGGGAGACAAGGAGAAUGCAUCACAGUGCUUUGAAAAAGUUUUGAAAGCCUAUCCAAACAAUUAUGAGACUAUGAAAAUCCUUGGAUCGCUGUAUGCAGCUUCUGAAGACCAGGAAAAAAGAGAUAUUGCAAAGGGUCACUUGAAGAAGGUUACAGAACAGUAUCCAGAUGAUGUGGAAGCAUGGAUUGAACUAGCACAGAUUCUAGAGCAGACUGAUAUACAGGGGGCUCUUUCAGCCUACGGAACAGCAACUCGCAUACUUCAAGAGAAAGUGCAGGCAGAUGUACCGCCAGAGAUUUUGAAUAAUGUUGGUGCUCUCCACUUUAGACUUGGAAACCUAGGUGAAGCAAAGAAAUAUUUUUUGGCAUCACUGGAUCGUGCUAAGGCAGAAGCUGAACAUGAUGAACAUUACUACAAUGCUAUUUCAGUGACCACAUCCUAUAACCUUGCUAGACUAUAUGAGGCAAUGUGUGAAUUCCAUGAAGCAGAAAAGUUGUAUAAAAACAUUUUAAGAGAACAUCCUAAUUAUGUUGACUGUUACUUGCGAUUGGGAGCUAUGGCUAGAGACAAAGGAAACUUUUAUGAAGCUUCUGAUUGGUUUAAAGAAGCACUGCAGAUAAAUCAGGACCAUCCAGAUGCUUGGUCAUUGAUUGGGAAUCUUCACUUGGCUAAACAAGAGUGGGGUCCAGGACAGAAGAAAUUCGAGAGGAUAUUGAAGCAGCCAUCUACACAGAAUGAUACUUAUUCCAUGUUGGCUCUUGGUAAUGUCUGGUUGCAAACUCUACAUCAGCCCACCAGGGAUAGAGAGAAGGAAAAGCGGCAUCAAGAUCGUGCACUAGCAAUCUACAAGCAAGUACUCAGAAAUGAUCCAAAGAAUUUGUAUGCUGCUAAUGGCAUAGGAGCUGUAUUGGCGCACAAAGGAUAUUUCCGUGAGGCUCGUGAUGUCUUUGCCCAAGUGAGAGAGGCAACAGCAGAUAUCAGCGAUGUGUGGCUAAAUCUGGCACACAUCUACGUAGAACAGAAACAAUACAUCAGUGCUGUGCAGAUGUAUGAAAACUGCCUCAGAAAGUUCUAUAAGCAUCAGAAUACUGAGGUAUUGUUGUACUUGGCCCGAGCACUCUUCAAAUGUGGCAAGUUACAAGAAUGCAAACAGACCUUGCUGAAGGCUAGACACGUAGCACCUAGUGAUACUGUCCUCAUGUUUAACGUGGCCCUAGUGCUGCAGAGACUAGCCACUUCUGUCCUCAAAGAUGAAAAAAGUAACUUGAAAGAGGUACUAAAUGCUGUGAAGGAGCUGGAGCUAGCCCACAGAUAUUUCAGUUAUUUAAGUAAAGUAGGAGAUAAAAUGAGAUUUGAUUUGGCACUUGCUGCUACUGAAGCAAGGCAGUGCUCUGACUUACUGAGUCAAGCUCAGUAUCAUGUGGCUCGGGCACGCAAGCAGGAUGAAGAAGAGAGAGAGCUACGUGCCAAACAAGAACAAGAAAAAGAACUACUCCGCCAAAAACUACUUAAAGAACAGGAGGAGAAGCGCCUCAGAGAAAAAGAAGAACAGAAGAAACUUUUGGAACAAAGAGCCCAAUAUGUGGAGAAGACUAAGAAUAUCUUGAUGUUCACUGGAGAAGUAGAAGGAUCAAAGGAGAAAAAACGUGGUGGUGGCAGGCGUUCCAAAAAAGGAGCAGGGGAAUUUGAUGAGUUUGUCAAUGACGACAGCGAUGAAGAUCUGCCCGUGUCCAGAAAGAAAAAGAGGAGGAAGGGCAGUGGUAGUGAACAAGAUGGUGAGGAGGAGGAGGGAGAGAGGAAGAAGAAAAAGAGGAGACGACCCCCAAAGACCGAUGAAGGAAGUGAUGAUGAAGAAAAUGAAAAUGGCCCAAGACCUAAAAAACGACGACCACCCAGAGCAGAGAAGAAAAAGGCUCCCAAACCAGAACGUCUGCCUCCUUCAAUGAAAGGAAAAAUCAAAUCAAAAGCCAUAAUUUCCUCUAGUGACGAUUCUUCUGAUGAGGAUAAACUCAAAAUUGCUGAUGAUGGACAUGCCAGAAACAGCAACAGUGAUUCAGAUGAUGCUGAACAACAGCAAAAUAAGCAUGUUGUAUCUGAUAGUGAUUCUGAUAACAGGGACAAAUCUGGUAGUGAAUUAGGUAGUCCACGGAGGUCCAGUGCCCGCCCAUCUGAUGAUGAGUCUGACAGUGACAGGUCAGUCAGGAAGAGGAGACAGUCGGAUUCAGACCAGUCUGACAACGAAUCUGUGCAGUCCGGGAGAAGCCGCUCUGGUGGUUCAGAGAAUGAAUCUCGUCCAGCUUCUCGCAGCGCUGAUUCAGACAGAGAUUCUGAUAGAGGAUCUGACAAUGAGGGCUCUGGCAGAGGUUCUGGCAAUGAAUCUGAACCAGAAGCAUCCAACAAUGAGGCAUCUGAAGGUGGAUCAGAUGAUAGCGAUUGAAGCCAGUGUUUUUUAAAAUUGUUUUGUAAAUAUACUUCAGUUACAAGGUGGGGAAUUUUUAUAUUUGAAAGCUGUGAUUUAAAAACCUUAAUGUUUUAGUAAAGCUGUUGUGAAACUUUCUUUCUGUGACUUUUUUUUUUCUAUCAAGUUGUAUGUUACUAGCCACCAAUGAAUGUUUCUCUGUAGGCAUAUGGUAUAUUCUUACACUGAAGCAUAUAGAUGAAGAUCAGAAAUACUGUACCGUGUAGUAAGCCCACACAUGAAAUGGACUGCAUGUAAAUGCUUUGUCAAGCUCCCGCAGUUCCAACCUUGUUGAAACGGUGUAUCCAUGCAAUGUUACUACUUCCAGAAAAAGGAAUAGGUACACUUCCAAAAUAUUUUCUCAAAUGGUACAAAGAACUUUGGGGUAUUUAUAUCUUUGUUUCUGAAUAGAGAGUAGUGGUAAACUUUUUUACUUUCAAAAAAUGCAUUUACUGUGAUGCAACUCCUAAAAUUUUCAAAAGUACAUUCUUAUGGCUGCUUGUUUUUCUGGUAUAUUUAGAGAGAACAAAAAGCAAAAAAAAGAUGGAGGUUUAAAUAAAGUCAUAAAAUUAUGACAUUAGGUGUGUAGAUUAAAUAAAUAUUUUUAAGUUGGCAGGUGAAAAACAGAUGUAGAAAACUCUUUUCAUAUUAUGUGGAAAGGGGAGAGAUCUGCCAGUGUCAUAAUAAACUGUUACUAACAUC